AUGGAGCCGGAGUGGGACACCUACAGCUACACCUCUCCCGGGGGUAGCAGUGGCCCUACAUAUCCUCCACUUCACGCACAACCUCAUAAUCAUCAUCAAUACCAUGAACAGCAACAGCAGCAACAGCUCCCAAUCGGCGAACCCGACUUUAUCGACUCGGCUCUGAUGUAUCUACCCGUCACAACAUCGUCGGUCUCGGACUCCUACUUCCCCACGGCAGACUACAGCUCGAUAUCACAAACGCAAGGACUCCUAUCCCCCGUGUAUUCACCGUAUUCCGGUUCCUACGCCGCCUCAACAUCUUCGCAGCACUCGAGCUACUCCAAUUACUCCCACCAGCGUGGAGCCACCCCCUCGCCCUAUCCGUCAUCGCAUGACUCACACUCCCACUCGCAUCACGCCGGUCACCGCGCAUCAACUUCCCCAUAUCCGCCUUCGGCCUCCCACUCCCCCAGCUUUGCGUACACGCCAUCACCGUACGCCACCUCACCGAACGACACCCCUUCCCCGGUCAGCUAUGCGGACUCAUCCUCAACGGUUGAUCCCGACAUCAUCAACUGUUUCUUCCCGGAGGGGGCCGGUUCCGGCAGCGCCACCCACGUCCACCCGUCUUCGUCAUCCAGCAACACCACAGCUACAUCGUUCGCGUGCGAUUAUCCCUCGUGCACAAAAUCCUAUCCUCGGCUAUGCGAUCUCCGGAAGCACAAGAAACGCCACCUCAAGCCAUUUCCGUGCCCCGAAGCGGCAUGUGAUUCCUUCUUCUCGACGGAAAAGGACCGAGACCGGCACACGAAAUCCAAGCACCGGAGGGAAGAGCACCUGGUCUGCGCCGUUUGUGGACACAGGACCGCACGGAAAGACAACAUGAGGGAUCACAUCAAGCGUCGACACGGCGAGGAUGUGGUGGAGAGGAUCAUGAAUGCCGUCAUGGCUGCGAGCGGCAGCAGCAGCGGUGGUGGCUAA